GAAAGUGAUAUUUAUCUGUCAAAGGCAGACCUGUUUGAAAUAAUUUUCGAAAAUGACUUAACCUGUAAAGAAGUUGACAUUCUGAAAGUCGCCAUGAACUGGAUUGAACAUAAUAAUCCGGAACAGGAGGUUGUUCAGAGUAUUUUUGAAAAGGUGCGACUGGAUAUUGUUGACCGACAAUUUCUUGUUGAUGAGGUAGCGGUUUCAAAGAUCGUUAUUGAGAAUAGCGCUGUGAGGGAAAUGAUACAACACGUUUCAUGUUCAGCCCGGCCACAACUUACAAGCACAACGAGGUUUGUUGCCAACCGACCUGAUGUCUUCGUACUACACCACACCGACAAGUUAUUGCUGUCAUGUUUCACGUCAGACGAGAAGUGGGAAGACGUCCCGCCAGCCCCAGUAGAUCCUGGACCGUAUUAUACAACUGCGAGUUUGGAUGAUAAGAUCUACAUCACUGGUGGUUGUAAACAAGAUAAAUGUACACUGGUGUAUUACACCAUUAGAAAAGUGUGGAACGUAGGCCCAGACCUCAACCAUGGACACCGGGGUCACUGUACAGCCACAGCUAAUUCUAAAGUGUAUGUAAUAAGCGGCUGGAAUACCAGUACAAUAGAAGAGAAGAGCGAGAGUGAGGAUCAGUGGCAGGUGGUUGGUGAUUUGGGAUUGUUCAGAGUGAGUGCCAUCCCUGUUAGUUGGCGAAAAUAUCCUCGUUAUGGGAGGACACAUAAAGUGCAUCGCGUCAGAUCUAAUCCAGUGUUUUAACACUACAACCCGCGCUGUCACCAAGCUGGAUACAAAGUUGCCUUGUACCUCCAAUUCACUAAGAGGAUCUGUUCACCUCCCUGAUGUAUAUCUGUUGGACAGUAAUGGCAACGUGAUGCACAUUCACGUCACUGACAGAAAUGGUGAAAUCCAGGUUGAGAAUAAAGUAACGGCUAUGUGGAAAUUAUUUGGUAUUGACUUUGGUAUCGUUCACUGACAUGGAAACCUUCUGUGUUUUACAGAAAACGGAAUCAGUAAAUCCAACCUAGCUGAAGGGAAAGAAGAAGAGUGUACAUUCCCCAAAACCACUUAGAAGUGGCGACGUGUACAACGCUCUGACUCUUUGACACGGAAUACACUACAAGGCUGAGUCAUUAAUCACAGUGUUACUGGCUGACUUGUUCUCCAAGACAAGAACGACAUUUAUGGACAUGCCCAGUUAUUUCAUUAUGAAAGAUGUGUUUGUUUUCGUGAAGACAUACGCACGUAUGAGACACGUGCCGUUGUGCCGUGGCUAAUUGCAUGCCAAAGUGAAGGGAGAUGUAAAAAUAAAAAAAAUGUAAAUAGG